UCUCUCUCUCUAGAUCAACGGUCCAGAUCUGGUCAUCACCCACCCUAAACUUGCUCAAUCUUUAACACUCUCACCCCCUUCAUAUUCUCCUCCUUUAUAUAUAUAUAUAUAUAUAUAUCAUCUAUCUCCUUUUUCCUCGCAUCUCAUUUUAAUUAGUUUUUCAAUUUUUUCGUGCUAAGCAAAUAUUUGACCCCAAAAAAAAAAAAAAAAAAACUCUCUCUCACUCUGUCUCUGAGGCUUUUGGUGGUUUUUCUGCAUUUUUGUCGUCAAUCUCUCUCUGAAAAACGAUGUCGUCUACCGAGAAGGAGAGAGAGACUCAGGUUUACAUGGCCAAGCUCGCCGAGCAGGCCGAGCGCUAUGAAGAAAUGGUGGAAUGUAUGAAGAAAGUUGCAAAACUUGAUGUUGAGCUGACUGUGGAAGAGAGGAACCUUCUUUCGGUUGGAUACAAAAAUGUCAUAGGUGCUAGGCGGGCCUCUUGGCGCAUCAUGUCUUCAAUCGAGCAAAAGGAAGAAUCAAAGGGAAAUGAGCACAAUGUUAAACUGAUUAAGGGUUAUCGCCAGAAGGUAGAGGAUGAGCUCUCUAAGAUUUGUGGUGACAUUCUUACUAUCAUUGACAAGCACCUUAUCCCUGCUUCUGCCUCUGGAGAAGCCACUGUUUUCUACUACAAAAUGAAAGGUGACUAUUAUCGGUAUCUUGCUGAAUUCAAGACUGACCAGGAAAGGAAAGAGGCAGCUGAGCAGUCAUUAAAGGGAUAUGAGGCUGCUUCAAGUACUGCAAAUACAGAUCUCCCAUCAACCCAUCCAAUCCGUCUUGGCCUAGCGCUCAACUUUUCUGUUUUUUACUAUGAGAUUAUGAAUUCUCCUGAAAGGGCCUGCCAUUUGGCUAAACAAGCUUUUGAUGAGGCAAUUGCAGAAUUGGAUACCUUGAGUGAGGAGUCUUACAAAGACAGCACCCUCAUUAUGCAGUUGUUGAGAGACAACUUAACUCUUUGGACCUCUGAUUUGCCCGAAGAUGGAGGUGACGAGAACUUCAAGGGUGAAGAAUCCAAACCUGCCGAACCGGAGAAACUUUUGCAGCAUUAAUGGGGAUAAGCUGAAAGAACCCUGCAUGUGGCUAGUGGAAGUUAAUCGACUUUGCAAAUGGCAGCCUUUUUCCUUUUAUUUUCUUAAGUUCACGGGAAGAGUGGAUUUUGAAGAACAUAAACAUUUUGAUGAAGUUGUUUUUCAUGUUAGGGCCCAUCCCAUGCCAGGAGAUAAGAUUUGAUCAAUUGUAUGGCCUUUUGGUUAUUUAUCAUUUUUCUUCUUUUCCUUUUUAUCUUGCAUUUGGUUCACUUUCUUUAAUAUAAAGUUCUUUAUCUCAAGCAAUUAAUUGCUUGGCUUUUCGAAGCUCUUUAUUUUGUCAA